GUUUGGCUGUGGUUUCGAAAUUUGAAGUGCUAUUGCGGCAUAUAAUUUCUUUUAAAUUACUUUUUACCGCUUGCCAGAAUGAGCUUCUGUCUUUUAAGAACAGCAUCACUUAUUCAUGAGCGCAUUGCUUAUACAACAUUAUCACCCGCGCGUCUAAUUCAUCAGUACAGAAAGCGGCAGUUUGAAAUAAAUGAAUAUGUUACUGCUAUGAAGGUCCCAGAUAAGAUAUUUAAAAAGAAAUAUGGUUUUGAUAAACCAAGACCAGAAGAUCAAAUUGUUUUUGUCUGCUCUACAGGAGCAAGAAGUUACAAAGCUCUGAGAGCUGCUCUUCAUAUGGGCUACAACAAUGCCCGCAUGUUUGAUGGAAGCUUCAGUGAUUUGGCGAAGCAGAUUACAGAUAUGUGAUUGAAGCAUGCUGGAUUUUAAAUGACUGCAGCAAAGAAGUUUAUUAACAG